GGACGAGCGCCCGGCCCGCCCCGGCCCGGCCCGCCGCCGCCGCCGCUGUCGCAGCAGCAGCAGCAGCAGGAUGGGCGGCAGGUGCAGCAGCAACAGCAGCAGCCCGAGCCGCGCGGCCGCGCGCGGCGGCAGUGGCGGCGUGUGGAGAAGAAGGGGAGUCGGGCGCUGGCCCGCCGGGGUGAUGUCGCGCAUCCGCGCGCCGCCCAAAUAACCAGGGGACCCAUCUGGCCGCGGCUCGUGACUCCCGGGUGA